AUGUCCCCCUCUAACAUCACCGCGGUGGAGGUGAACGUCCAGUAUUUGCGGAUAGUAGACAAACCAAUGGCAGAGAGGACCACGAGUCGAAGGUCGUCAUCAGCGACAGCAGGCAGCUUGGCCAAGGAUGGACGAGUGUAUCUGGCCCUCACGAUUAAGGGCUCUGGAGUGGUGGCCAAUACAGAGGCAGUCGAGAUGAAUGCUGAGAGCCUACUGCUCGACUUCAGCAGUCAACCGCAUCUGCACUUGCCUGUGGGAGAUGCCCUCUCCUCCAUGCAGGGCGACAAGGACAAGGCUCCUGCCAGUCUGUUUUUGCGCCUAUUCCAGAACCUUCGUAGCAGGAAGGGCGAACAGCAAGGGAAGUCGCCGAGACUGGUGAUUGCGGCGGAGGGGGAGCUUCCUGUUACCGCUUUAUGUGAAGAGCCGUCAGUGCAGAGGGAUGGUGAGCGGAUAACCCGACAAGAUAGCAGGGACACGGACACUUUGGAACGUACAACAGAAGCAGAGCUGUGGUCAACUGAUGGUCAGCGUCUAGUGGCAGUUGUCGGCAUCAAGGCUGGCUUGGUCGAGGGAGGCCCUAAGACACCUCGAAGUAGCAGACAAACGGCUGCCAAGGUUUCAGUGAACCCACUGGUGGCCGCCUCUAGCCGUCAGACGAGCCCACGCGAGCUCGAGAGUGAAGAUGAGGCAUGUGUGGGGGAUGCCUCGGUGAUCUCUCCUCAGCUGGAGGGGAGGAAGCUCCUUCGUGAGAUUACUGAUAAGUUCAGCGUAACGUCCAAUGCUGGACAGGGGCGUGUCUAUAAUGCUGAUGGGGUAGGCGGCGAUGGCAAGGGGAAGGAUACGAGUCGGACACGUGGCGUAGCGACAGCUAUAACGGGUCCAGCUAGCAUGAAGGAGUACUAUGACCAGAUGCAGCGGUGGAGUCUCAUGUGUGGCCCUUAUAGGGAGAUCCACGAUACGGUGCAUGAUAUUGUUCAUUGGAAGGGCGACACUGCUAGGACGUGGCUGUUCCUGCUUAUUGCGACCAUCGCUUGUCUACACCCAAGGUGGGUGCUGCCUUCGCUGCCUUGGGCGGCGGUUGGGUUUUGGUAUAUGCGGCUUAUCAAGGGUAUACAGGAAACAGCAGUGCGACAGGGCGGAAGGAGGUCUUCGGCAAAUGCUAAGGAGGGGGGAGGUCACAAGCGCGAUCCUGAGAAGAGCGCGGAGAGCGGCGCUACUGGGGUCUACGACUGGGUGCAGAAGAUCCAGGACAAGCAGAGAGAGGUUGAGCUCAACUUGCAGUACAACCAUACGGUCACCCAACACGGACUGAAGAUGUUGGAGAAAUUCCGUAAUGUGAACCCUAGGGAGGCCUUGGUCAUGAGCUCGAUAGCGGCGAUUCCUCUUACCUUUGGUCUCCUUAUUGUGCCCUUCAACUACGUACUACUUGUACUUAUCUACGCCACUUUGGGGUAUAACAUGCUCUCGGGAGAAAUGGCUGAGAACCUCCGCAUGUUCAUGGCUCAUCAUUUCGAGAGUGUCACGGGCCGGUUCUUGUCGAGAUCGGCAUCGGCUAGGCAGCUUGUGGAGAUCGUACAAACUGUGAGUGAGGAGACCCCUCGAGCGAGGCAGCCUCCACCGGCUCCUAUUGUGAAGCAUGAGCGCCGAUCUCCCAGUGGUGACACAUCAGGAGUGGCGUCAUCGGCUGAAUUAGUACGAACUAAAUCCAGUUAUGAUAAGAUACGCCUCUUUGUGACUUACGAGAAUCAGCGUUGGUGGGUGACUGGUGGCUGGGGUCAUCACCUCUUUGCAGGGGAGCGCUCGGCCUGGAGCGAUGAGUAUGGGCAGUUCUACUGUCCAAAGGAGUCCUUCCAACUCCCUAAGGGCCCAGGCCGAUGGGAGUGGACGAGUCUAUGGUAUGUGGAUCGGAGUGCUGAUGGAGACGUCGAAGGUUGGGAGUAUGUACGGUGGGCCUUUGAGUGAUGAUAGUUUAUGAUGUCGACUAGGGCUUUAUGACCUGUUGUGGUUUGGUCGCUAUUCCUCCCUCUCGGGUUUUUUGAUGGUAUGAGUGGUCCCUAUCAGAUACGCUGUAUCAUUCACCGCGGCUAAUGAAGAGGGUUUCCACUCGGACAUGCGGAGAUCAGAUGUUGUGAGGCGUAGGAGAUGGUGUCGACGCUGCAGGAUGGUGCCUGGCUCGGACAUUGAGCCUGCUGGGCCCAGUCCUAAGGCGGCCACCAUUGAAUCGAUUCCCCAGAUGAAGCGGCAUAUA